AUGUCGUCGGACUCGGACGAAUUUGACACAUCCCCGUCAGAGACGCCGCAGUUUAAUGGUGUCUUUCUGGCCUACCUCAUUGUCUGCUCCUUUCUAGUGACAUUCUUCCUGCUCUACCUUAAUCGAGUAUUCGGCUCUUUGGUGUCGCUUGCAAUACGGACGUGGUCAUGGCAUCGGUAUCGGAUUUACGUCGACAUUGAGGCGCUACAGGUUUCACUUCUCGGAGGCCGAAUAUUUUUCACUGGUCUAAGAUAUCAUGGCAACAACGAAACGUUUCAUGUGCAGCAUGGCUACAUUACCUGGCGCUACUGGUUGCGCCGCGUUCGAGAUGUUGGCAUCGACCCAUCUCGGACGGGACAAAAGACGCCGGAAGAAAGCGCCACUACAACCGAGAGCUCUGGCAAACCCGAAUUGCCGUGUCGCAUUACUGUGACCCUUGCCGGCCUCGAGUGGUUUGUCUACAACAGGAGCCCCGUAUACGAUAGCAUCCUGGCUGGCCUCAAAGAAGAAUAUUGCGAUCAAAUUCCAGUGUCUGAGAGAUCAAGCGAAGACUCGUCGAGCGGUCUGCGGAGACGGGAACAAAACGCGACCGAAAAAUCCGCAAGGCCAUCCUCCUCAUUUCAGCCACCGGCCGCUCAACAAGAAUCGUCUGCGGCCUCAAUAGUCUCCCACCCUGAACUUCCAAACAACGCACCGCAGAGGUCAUCAAUAAGCAAUGCGAGCUCCACGUCUGACGCUGGGGACUAUGAUCAGGAACGCGGCAAGCCCGGUGCUGGCUUACCGGCCAUGUUACAAAUGUUCCCGGUACAGGUCACCUGUCAGACAGCGGCGCUCGUCAUGGGAAACGAGAAUACGAAAGGGAUCCUAGUCAUCAAGGCCAACCAUAUCUCCGGAGAGGUGAACGCAACCAACGCAGCCGCGCCUGAUCCGUACAGACAGACCUUCAAGAUCGACUUUGAACAUCCAAUCGUGGAGAUGAAAGACAACGAGGACUACAAGGAAGAUCAAGUCUCAAGGGCUACCAAGGAAAGGCAUGCAGAACACGUCAACAGACCCCCCCCUAAAGGUGGAUUCUUUCGUCGUCACCGGCGUCGGGUCUUGGGUCGCCUCCGUAACUUGGUGCCCUCCUGGCGGAAAUCUGUCGAAUCCUUCGCCGACCCCGGGACUCCAAAUGGAACAGCAGGGCUUCAUGUCCCGGCCCACGGUCAGUGGCAAGGGCUAGCUCGGUACUUGGACGAUAGUGAUCAAGAUACGAAAACUGUAUGGGAUAAUGCCGAGUAUGCUGCGGUGACAACCCUUAUCGACAGUCCUGCCGCCACAUUGACCGUGUAUUGGGAUGUACCUGGUAAGGUGACUGCUGAGCACACGAAUGGACGCCCGAGAGACCUGCACCCUCCUCGUCAUGUCAACCGAGGGGACCCCCCCGGCUGGGGUAUGAACUUGGUUCUCAAAGGAGGCACGGCCAACUACGGACCCUGGGCAGACCGGCAAAGAGCCGAUCUACAACGCGUGUUUUUCCCGGGCCUCGCUAAAGGUUCCUUACCGGCGAAAAUCCUCCCCCUUGGAGCACAGAGGGUUUCGACACAGUUCAAACUGUACGUUGAACUGGAAGAGGACGUCGUGCUCAGGAUUCCAGUUCGGGAGGGCUCGAAGAACUGGAAAUGGAAGGGUAAAGAGCCCGCGACCAAUGCAGAUCGACCCCAACAGACACGGAAGCAAAGGGCUAGGGCCCAGAAACGGGGUAAAGGGGAUGCUACCCCUCUUCGCCCAGCUGGCUGGCUGGACUUCAAGAUCGCAGCGAAUGCUACCGUCUCGUAUUCCAUGGACACGGCAGCUGGGGCUCAUGGCUAUACCACUGCCCUGGAUCUGGACCUACCCAGCACCGAGCUCUCAAGCAGUGUCAAUCACGAGUUGCUGUGGAACUCUGGAGCGCAGAGAAUCAUCUGCGACCUCUCCACGCCGCUGAAGUGGAACGGCCUGAGAACAUGGUUUUUCAAUGUGACUGCGGAUGACAUGAAGCUAUUUCUACUGAGAGAUCAUAUUUUCCUGCUGAUCGACCUAGUCGAUGACUGGGCCACCGGCCCGCCCGCUGAUUACCUGGUGUUCACCCCGUUCCGCUAUCAUCUGAAUCUCGAACUGCGAAAUCUCAAUCUGUAUCUCAACGUGAACGACGGCAACAUCAUAAACAAACCUACCGAUUUCGACGAGAACACAUAUCUGGCGGUGACCAGUCCGAGUCUUGUAUCGAGCGUUUGUAUUCCUAUAGACAAAUACCGGCCGCACAAAACCUCCAUUCCCUUCGAAUGCAAAGCCGAGUCCUUUGCGCUCUCGUUGCACCUGCCGCCAUGGAACACGCAAUCGUCGUUCUUAUCGUCGUCAAAGGAGAUUGGCCAUGGUGAAAACCUCGUGGUCGAGGGGAGUUACAACUACAAUGCGACGACCUCUCCAGCGAACACGGAUACGCUCAUUUUGAAUGUCUCCGGCCAGUCGCCCACGGCGACGUUGCACGGCUUCAUCAUCCGGUAUUUUCUCAAGCUCAAGGACAAUUACUUUGGCGACGACAUACACUUCAAAACGUUGGACGAGUACCAGGAGCUGCUGCAAUUGAAAGAACAUGAUCCCAGUUCCGAACAUGCCAACCGGCCUCCGCCAAAGAAAUCUAACGACCUGGACGUUGUUUUGAAUGUACGGGUAGACGACCCCAGGGUCUUGUUGCCGACGAACCUCUAUUAUUCCCGGCGGACCCUCCAGAUAGAGACUGCCAGCCUAACAGCGGACCUGCGAUUGACCAAUUAUUAUAUGGACUUAGAUUUGUCGGUCAGUCCAUUGAGCAUCUCGCUGGGUCUGGAAGGCGCCGGCCAAGAGACGCCGGGAAGUGCCGCUACGAGCACACAGGUCUUCGUCGACGGACUGAAUGUGUACGGCAGUCGUCUCUUCGGACUACCCCCAGUCGAGCCUACGUACAUGUGCAACUGGGACAUAUCAGUCGGCGCCGUCACAGGGGAGUGUACCGCUGACUUCCUGACCUCCCUAGCGAAGGCCGGGCGCGCCUUCGGGGUUCAGUUUGAUGACGACGAGAAUGCUCUAGUGCCAUACUCGGCGAUUGUUGUCUACGAUGUGACAUUUCUUCGAGUGGCGGUCCAGUCCGUGCGACUCUGGUUUCACGUAGAAGAAGCUACGUUUCUCUUGGGAACAGGUGCCAUCGACGUGAAAUACAAUGACUGGGCUCGAACACAUUACUCGAGGCGCGCGGAUAUUCAGAUCCCUGAUCUGGAGAUAUUUUGUCUGGACUCCGAAGCCGCAGUCAAGCAAAGGUCAAGGAAUCACCGAGAAGCAGAGGCAAAUGCGUUGCUCACCACCACCAUUCACCUGGCUAUCAUUGGGCGGAAAUUUCAAUUUUUCAGGGAGCGAAAGCUGCAGCAGGAACUAGUUCGUCGUGAAGAUCAAAGGACACACAGGACGGGCUUUCUUUUGCUUCCCGGCGUCGUGGAGGACAUGGUCCCUGACCUGGUCGAUCCACCGGCACAAGCAGUGCCACCAAUACCGGACCCGUCCACCUUGGAGCAGGAGUUCGAACGUUCAAGCUUCCGAGGAUCAUCUACCGUGUCAUCUAAUCGAACUCGCAGUUUGCGUGACAAGAGGUCUUUCCUUUCUUUAUCCGCCGCCAGUGCCAGCAGUGCCAGCAGUGGCCGCAGCGUCCGCAGUGGUGACAGCGAAUCCGGUGGUCAAGCUCUGCCCAAAUCCAUCACCCCAGCUAGCUCCAGGAGACGGCCAUCACGAGACUUUUCGGCUUCUGCGAGUCGCUACUCGUCCGCUCAUCCACCAUUUGGGGAUCGAACCACCCCCGAAUAUCACUCUUUCAUGGCCUUCUCAAGCCAGUACUUUGCUCCUUGCUUCCCGUUAGAGAGUGUCCAGACGAAAGUGACGAGCACACGGAUGCCUCAGUCAGGUGAGGACGGGAUCGAGGAUGAGCCUGAUCAUGUCAACUUCGAGCUUGAUGAUGUCGAACCCAAUACAUUUGACCAGGACUACGCGUAUUCAAGCACGAUUAUCGAGUUUCCUUCUGGGCUCCAGGCCUGUCUGACGCCGUCUUCAGUCCGCUCCAUUUCUGAUUUAAUUACAGCUCUGCAGCCGAGCGAGCCCGAGGACAUACUAGACAGUUUACAAAUUGGCUCCAUGUCUGUAAUAUUCGGUGAACAGAAGCGAGCACGGAUGAAGGGCCAGAUACAGGACAUUCUCUUGAGGGUUCCACACGCCUCUGUUCGGUUCCUCAACCUGUCAACGGAUGCUUCACAUCUAACCCAAGAUGAACAAGAUCAGUACGACGCCUCCGUGUCUCGACUUUCCCUGGCCCUGCGGUCAACAUCGUCUGUACCUGAGCUGCAAGCGUCAGAAAAGCGCUCAUCCACGCAGAAGAAGACGUCACUCAUGCUCAGAUUUGGGUCAGCGGUAUUUUCGGCCUCGGAACGAUCCUCGGCCACGCGUGAAACCCGGGCAGCAGUUCUUCUCGAACUCCAGAGAGCCAUGCUGUCGAUGGGAUCUAAAGACAUCGUAUACAUCGACGGGGAAAUCGAUGUAAUCCGAGGUAGUACCAAAUCCGGAAAAGUUGACUACCUUGCAACUCUUGUUCACCGAACAAGCGUGGUGGCCACUGAGUUGGGAGAUCUACUGGGGCAUACGUUUGCGCAUCGCGAUCGGCUCGUGCAAUAUUUUGUUCUGGCAUUGUUGCGAGAGGGGAAACAUGUGAGCGAUCCGACCUUCCUGGCUCGUCCUUCCGCCGUCUUGCGCUCUGUUUCGGAUCAUCUGCGGACCUAUGAUUCCUGGAAGCUCUGCAUCCACCUCCGUCAAAUAUGGUCAACACUCUCCGAGACGUCGCGUGACCAACUAAAGGUUUCGUGCUUGGGGAACACUGUCCCGGCUAUGCCGCACGGGCGCCAGCAGGCCGUUGCUGCCUUCCAGAAGUGGCGUGGCUGGGACUUGAACGAUGUCGCCAACUCGUCGUUAGUGAAAGAAGUCUUCGGCGCAGAGCGCAGGGCCACCAAGAACGAGUCCUCUGACGUCCCGCUUCUGGCAGCUAUCAGACUGAAGGAAGUUCAGAUGAUGCUAGAUCCAGGCUCCAAACAGAACCGAGUCCUUUUCGGAGACCUAUCUAUUCGCCUCGACCAGCGACCAUCUUCACCCAAGGGUUCAGCGAAGGAAGGGGCCGAGUUCGAGCAUGGACUGACCACCGUCACUGUCUACUGCAAACAAGUAGCUAUCAACCUGAACUGGGAACUUUGCGAGCUCGCAGCCGAUAUUUUGCGGCUCAGUAACAAAUCGUCUACCACCGCCGGCGCCCGCCCAUCACAGUCGGCUGAAUCUGCCCCAAAGCCAGAGACAACAAGGCCUAAGAGACCACAGCCGGCCUACCAUUUUGUCUUGGGACUGGGAAGAGGAUCCAUUGAGCUGGAUACAAUUAACUUGGGCGCCAAGACGCUGGGCCAGAAUCUCAAAGCCUCUUUGCUUACGCAGUCGGCUGAUCCGAAGAACAAGUCACUGCAUUUUGUCCUGAGCUGUGAUGCAGUCACAUCCAGGCUUUAUCACCGCUCUGAUUUGUUAGGCUCUUUUCAACUCCAGGGCCCCAGCAUUAUUUUGUCUCAUGAGCUCACCGAGCUCGAGACGUUGUCCUGCCAUACCGUCAAGUCGACGGCAAGCAGCCAAGUGCUGACCCUUGAUAUGAACGAAGACCCCAUUGCGUUGCUAGAGGUUGUUGAUGUACUGGUCAAAGAUGAGUUGGCUCAGCUCUACCAGCUCAAGCAGCAGCUACCUUCCGCCCCUACCACAGGGGGCACUAAAACGCGUAUCGCCCAACGACUCUCCUCGCUCAGGUUCAAUACUGCCCUUUUCCUGGACGAGUACACCAUAAGCUUGCCUCUUCUGCAGUCGCUCAAUUACAGGAUCUCAGGCGUGGUUGCCAGAGCUGCCGUGGCUGCGAACCUUGGCAAAGGUCUCAUUUUCGACUUUGAUAUCAAGGAAAACUCCCACGAGAUGCACGUGGACACGAAGGGCCGGAAGCAGAGUGUAUCGAUCCUGCGGAUACCACCCACGAAUGGUCGUAUUACCAGUCAAAUCGGAUCUACGAAACAUCUAGUCACUGUUCUCGCCUCGGUUGAGUUGAUUCAACUUGACGCGUCGGCGGUAUAUAGCUUACUCGGUGCACUCAACAGACCACAGAUCUCGAAUGCUCUCGGUGAAAUUCAGCAGCAGGCUCAUAUCAUUCAGGAUCACUUACAUGAUAUUGUUGGACCGCCAGCAGAGCCGGAAGAGCAGGUUCAUGCACCCUCUAACGAGGCACCAAAGCUGGCCUAUACGGCUCAUCUGACCUUAGCUGGUCUUGAGGUUUUCGGGAAAACGUCCCUCAAGUCGGGAGAGCAUCAGUCUGCAUACAUGCUGUUCAGCCUGGACGGGAUACAUUUCCAAGCUGCCAACCAGAGAGGGCACGAUGGCCCGCGUCUUGCGCAGCCAGAGCUGUGUCUCAACUUCAGACAAAUUGUCUUCGACAUCCAGAAGGGCAGCGAAGGUGCUAUGAGGUCGUGCGGCAGCAUCACCCUCGGUGCUCUCAUGUCGGCAAGAACCAAGCAGACACCAGCCGGCACAGAGGAGCGAUCUUUCAACUUCACGAGCAAUGGCUUGGACGUUCAGCUCUCUCCAGAGACAGUCUCCACCGUCAUAGAAGUGACGGGGUACAUGGGAGACAAGAUCAAAGAUCUGGACAUCUCACGGGAGCAAGAGUACUUGCGAAAGAUCAGACAGUCGCGGCCCCGGAUUGCCGUCAACGAUGAAGCUUCUGCAGAUGCAGCUGAUUUCAUCGACUCGUUCUUGUCGUCCAUUGCCUAUCAAUUCGAGAUUCGGGACACGCAGAUCAGCUGGUUUGUUGGCAACAGCAUGGAGCUCCCGUCGGAGUGUCAGGAAGACCUGGUGUUGUCUAUCAAGCUUAUCAGCUUGGGCACGCGUAAAUCGAAUUCGGCUCGCCUGUCGAUCGAGGAUCUCCAACUGCAGAUGGUACCGCCGGGACACGACCUCAGGAUACGGUCCCCUCACUCGGCCUUGCUUCCCGAGGUUGUUUUCAAUGUUGCGUACGUGUCCGCCGCCACUACUCGCCGCCUGGCAUUCCAGGCCGUCGGGAAGUCGCUUGACUUGCGUGUGACGUCCGGCUUCAUUAUCCCAGCCGCCAACCUGAACGAGUCCAUCAGACUAUCCGUCAGCAAUGUUCAAAAAGCAACUGCUCACUGGGCUACCAAUGUUGGCGCAACGAAAGACACGACUGGAGAAUCGUCGCCACCACCCAGGCCAAGCAUCCUAGGCACGAAGCGGAUCGAAUCCCUGCUGGUCGAUGCCGACUUUGCGGGUGCCGUGGUCUACGUCUCGGGGAAGAAACCGACAAGCGGCGUGCGUGGUCGCUCGAGGAAUUCAUACCAGGCUGUGCCCGGGAAAUACGGGCAAUUUAAUCCAGAUGAAUCUGGGAGCAGCACGGUCCUUCGCAGUCCGGGUCUUGCCUGGAAGAUAGAAUACAGGGACAACGGUCAGGAGGAUCCAACCUUGUUUGGCGAAAUCAAGAUCGAUGCCUCGAGCAACACAUUAUAUCCCUCGGUCGUUCCACUGAUCAUGGAGCUGACCUCCAGCGUCAAAGAAGUGGUGGCCGACGACUCGAAGCCAAGUCGGCAGUCUUCCCCCCCGCCGCCCAAGGCUAGGUCAGGCAACGAGGAUAAUAUCCUCACGGUAGACCCGAAUGCGGUCCUGGGGCGCCUGAAGCUGAACCUGGGCCUUCGCAUUUGUCGCCAGGAGUUUUCCCUCAGCUGCCAACCAAUCGCAAGGGUGACAGCGACGGCCUACUACGACGAUGUCUACUUCACCGCGAACACGAUUCGGUCCAUGGAGCAAGGCAAUUUCUUUGCUAUUUCAGGUACUUUCACGAAUCUUCAGGCGUCGGUUCAACACGUGUACUCGAGGGAAUCAACCGGGAGCUUUGAAAUCAAAUCCAUCGUGCUCUCACUCAUGAACAGCAAGCACGUCAGCGGUACGAGUGGCGUAUCGGCUCUGCUGAAGGUUAGCCCCAUGAGCAUGUCAGUCAACGCCAAGCAGCUGCAGGAUUUCCUGCUCUUCCGCGAAAUCUGGUAUCCUAAAGAACUCCGGCAAGGCACCGCGGCGCCGGUGGCCAAGUUGGCCACCGAAGCAUCCCAGGGCCAUCUCGUCCAGCAGUAUCAGAAAGUCGCGGCGACGGCGGCGUUCCCCUGGACGGCUACGAUAUCUAUCGCGUCCCUCGAUGUCAGCGUGGACCUCGGCCAGGCCGUAGGGAAAUCCACAUUCGCCAUCAACGAUUUCUGGGUCUCUUCCAAGAAAACGUCCGACUGGGAGCAGAACCUGUGCCUGGGAUUCGAAAAGAUUGGCGUGGACUGCACGGGCAGGCUGAGCGGCUACGUGGCGUUGCAGAGUUUCCAGCUGCGCACAUCCAUCCAGUGGCCUGAGCGGGAGGCGGCACUGAACGAGACGCCGCUCAUCCAGGCGUCGAUAUGUUUCAGUCAGUUCCGACUUAAGACGGCCUUUGAUUACCAGGCUUUCCUCGUCGCUGAUAUCACUACCCUGGAGUUCAUCAUGUACAAUGUCCGACGAAGGCUGGAAGGUAGCGGUGACCGGCUGGUUGCCAAUCUCGACGGUGAUGCCGUCCAGGUGUUCUGUACGACCAAUUCAGCGGCUCAGAGCAUGGCGCUCUACCAGGCUAUUCAGAAGUUGAUCCAAGAAAGGCGGGCCAACUUUGAGACGUCGCUGAAGGAGAUUGAGAAGUUCAUGAAGCGGACAUCGUACAGCAACACGGCCCCUUCGCCACGGCUGCCGACCGUUCCGCAGCUGCCGGCCGACGACACGGUAGCGAAGUCGCCGAUAUCGCUCGACACGGAUGUCGUGGUGGUACUGAAGGCGCUGAACUUGGGAGUCUUCCCCAACACCUUUUCCGACCACCAGGUGUUCAAGCUGGAGGCGCUGGGCGCCCAAGCGCGGUUUGCGGCAAGCAUGGAACGGAGACGAAUCCACAGCAUCUUGGACCUGACGCUGGGUCAACUGCGCAUCGGGCUCGCCGGGGUUAGGAACAUCGAGAGCCCCAAGACGCUGAGCGAGCUAUCGGUGGAAGACGUGACGUCGAGGGCGACGGGAUCCAGGGGCGGCACGAUCCUGAAGGUACCGAAAGUGCAAGCGGUGAUGCAGACGUGGCAGAAGCCCGACAACCAUCGGAUCGACUACAUCUUCAAGAGCGCCUUCGAGGGCAAGGUGGAGGUCGGGUGGAAUUAUUCACGGAUCAGCUACAUCCGGGGUAUGUGGGCGAAGCACAACAAGUCGCUCCAGCAGACGUGGGGCCGGGAGCUGCCGCUCACGGCUAUCCGAGUGACGGGGAUGCCCGAGGCCGAAGGGGAGGAAGAGCAAGGGCAGCAGAAGAUCACGGCCGAGGUGAAUGUGCCGCAGUCCAAAUACGACUAUGUGGCGUUGGAGCCACCGAUUAUCGAGACGCCGCAGUUACGGGAUAUGGGUGAGGCGACGCCGCCGUUGGAGUGGAUUGGUUUACACCGGGACCGGUUGCCCAACCUGACGCAUCAGAUUGUGAUCGUUUCGUUGUUGGAGCUGGCUGGUGAGGUGGAGGACGCUUACAGCAGGAUCCUGGGGUCAUCAUCAUGAGAGAGGAUGUAGGUGAUGCGAUGUUUUGAGCUUGACAGUUUUGGUUAAGAGGUAUAACAACAGUCACCCGGUGCCGGUGGUCAGGUGUUUGGGUACAGGAUAGGUAUGUUUUUGGAACAUGUAUUUAUUAUUAUUCCGAGUGACUCAUCCGGUGUGUUUAUUCUAUUGUUAAACAAAAAGCCAUAAUACAUACAUGCCAUGACC